CCAUCGAUAGUUUGCCAAUAUUAAUCGGCACUAGUAAUCCAUUAUUUUACACACGGCAAGUUGGAUAUUGUGCUCAUUUCAUAGUUUUUAUUUAAAUAAUUGGAGUUAUGCUACGAAAGCUAAUACAGCACAUAAACAAAAGGAGCAUAUUUGUGGCUAUUUCAUCUGACGCUCAAAAUGUUGGCGCAAGAAAUAUUUGUACGACAGCUUGUCUGCGAAAAAGUGAAAAAGAUCUGCAAAGUCCGAAGAAUAUUAUUGUCGACAAAGACAAAAAUGUCACUUUAAUUGGUAUAAAUCGGCCACAAGUUCGAAAUGCAAUUAAUGCAGCUACUGCAAGCCAACUUUGUGAAGCAUUCACUGCAUUUGAGGCUGAUGAAACAUCACCUGUAGCAGUUUUGUACGGCAUUGGUGGAUCCUUUUGUGCUGGCUAUGAUAUCCUAGAGCUUGGAAAAGAUGGCGGAGAACAGGUUAGCAUCGACAUCCUAAUGGCCCAUGAAGGGUCGGUCGGACCGACUCGGCGACAUAUACAAAAGCCGGUAGUUUGCGGAAUUAGUGGUUAUUGUAUCGCAAAUGGCUUAGAACUGGCACUAAUGUGUGAUUUACGCGUAAUGGAAGAAACGGCAGUACUGGGAUUCUUCAAUCGACGUUUUGGAGUGCCUGUUAUUGAUGGUGGUACAGCUCGGCUACCUGCAAUAAUUGGAUUUUCACGGGCAUUAGAUUUGAUAUUGACGGGACGACAGGUAUGCGCCGAUGAAGCACUCUCGAUGGGUGUUGUGAACCGUGUCGUGCCGCCCGGUCAGUCAUUAAUUAAAUCCGUAGAGUUGGCACAGACACUGGCGAAAUUUCCGCAACGUGCGCUUAAUCACGACCGAAAUUCCCUUUAUUCAGCCGUUUUCGAUGCAGCAAACUUUAAUCAGGCCGUACAAAAUGAAGUUAUGUACACUUCCAAGGAGAUAAUUGAGGAAAUGCAACAGGGCAUUAAAUGGUUCAUACAAACAUUCAAAUCCGAUACAACGCAUUCGUGGUUGAAACGGGAAAAGUCAAUGGCAGACUGGGAUGACAAGCAACUAGCCGCUGCAGCCGAACAAAAAGAGGCCGAGAAACAAGCAGUAGCAGCAGCGCGUAUAGAAGCAGAGAAAAAGUCAAAGGAGCCCAAACAGAAGUCCGAUGGAACAAAAUAAUUAUAUAGCGUUAAAUAGGAAACACUGCAUUUCAACACCUGCGAUUUUAAAAAUCAAUGAAAAUUUUCCAAAUUCAGUAAAAAAAAACGCUUCUAAUUGUACAAAUCUGA